AUGAACGACAUGUCUGCAAACAUCAACAGGGCCAACGCUUAUCUUGGCCGUUCUGUCCAUAACGUGCUUCUCUUUUAUUCAAAAAGAAGGAAACCUAUCCUUAGAAUCACUUAUUUGCUUAUCAUAUAUCUCAUUUUCAACAAUGGCUCGAAAUCAAGGAAUUACACAAGGAAUUUUGGGAAGGGAGAGAAGUCGGAACUUUUGAAGACCGUUACCACGAGGAAGAGAGACUUUGAUAAAGGGAUUUUCAAGAACAAGACGUAUCUUCAAAAACUUAUGUACAAAUUCAAAAACAUCCCCAUAAUUAUUAUAUUCUCACAAUUGAGUCUAAAGGAUAAGAAGGCAUUAAGUGUGUUCUCCAAUUGUCUCUUACAGGUGAUAUUGUUGGCAAUCAAGGCAUUGAUAACUUUGAAAACGGCAACUUUGGAUGGAUAUUUGGUGUCGUCCUUAAUUUCCAGAAAAUUUAGGCGUUUUUUCAAAUAUUUGUUUAUCUGGUUACUUCUUGGAUUGCCAUCUUCAUUGGUUGAUUCCCUAAUUGAGAAAUCAAAGAGAACUCUAUCACAAAAUUUACGUUCCAGUAUAACGAGUAAAAUAUUGGAUGACUAUUUACCAGAAAAUGGUACAUCUACAAUUUACCAAUUAUUAAAUAAUCAUAAUCUUGAAGUCAAUAUCACCGAUCCAAACCAUCGUUUAACUUCUACAAUUGAACAUUUUGCUAAUUCGUUUGGUAUUUUACCUUCUCAAUUGUUACUUCCAGUAACCGAUAUUAUCAUUGCAGGUAAUCAUCUGUCGAAAACUUCUGAAAAUUCUAGUGAAGGGGGUGUCUUGUUGGGAGUGGUAGCCAAUGUUUGUACAAUUGUACUUAAACUAUUCACCCCCAACUUUUCAAUGCUUAAUAAUAUGAGAAAUACUCUUGAAAAUAAAUUCCAUGAAUUCCAUUCAAAUAUUAUUUCAAACAAGGAAGAAAUUGCAUUAGCCAAAGGUCAUGGUAAAGAAAUAGAUUUAUUGGAUACCUCAUAUUUUGAAUUUGAAAAAUUUGAACGGUCUUCACUAAGGAAAAUGGGAGUAUACAACUUUGCCAUUUCCUUUAUUUUCAAAUAUACAAUGGGUGCAUUUGGAUUGUUAUUAUGUGCAGUUCCAACUUUUACAACAGUUUAUAUGAAAGAUGUUAAUAUGAAUGAGAAAUUAAUUUCAAAAUUAUCAUCUGAUUUUGUGACUAAUAGGAGUUUACUUAUUAAGGCAGCUGAUUCUUUGGGUAGAUUGAUCCAAUCAAAGAAGAACAUCCAAAAUAUGGUUGGUUAUGCCAAUGAAUUAUGGGAAUUUCAAAAAAUUUUAAUUGAUAUUAAUGAAAACUCAAAAAUUGAAGCUUCAAUGAAUAGCUAUAAUUAUCAGUUACCUUCAACUUUAGAUUCUAAUAUCCAACCGCUGCUAGUUGGUCCGAAUGUCAGAUAUGGUGAUGAAAUUACUUUUAGCCAUAUACCCCUAAUAACACCAAACGGUAAUAUUCUUGUUAAGGAUUUGACCUUUUCCAUAAAACAGGGUGAUAAUUUGUUAAUUAUAGGACCAAAUGGUUGUGGGAAAUCAUCAUUAUUUAGGAUUCUUGGAGGAUUAUGGGAUGUCAAAGAUCCUGGUGAAAUCACCGUACCCUAUGAUAAAAGGGACUUAUUUUAUUUACCACAACGAUCUUAUUUCACAUACGGUUCGCUUAGAGAACAGAUUAUUUAUCCUGAUUCUUAUGAUACAUAUAGAGAAAAUAUUUUGAAUCUAAAAAUGGGGAAUUCAAACACCAUCAUUAAAGAUGACGAAUAUUUGGUUGAAUUGUUAAAGAAAGUUCAUUUAGAAUACCUUUUAAGUUAUGAUGAAGAUGAAGAUGAUGAAUUCAAUGGGAAUAAUAAUGAUGCCAAUUUUGAAUCUUGUGUUUUCAUGAAUCCGUGUCUUGAUAGAAUUGAGAGAUGGCCCGAUUUAUUGUCCGUUGGUGAACAACAACGUUUAGCAAUGAUUCGGUUAUAUUACCAUCAACCUAAAUUUGCUGUUUUGGAUGAAUGUACUUCGAGUAUUUCAUCCGACUUGGAAAGAGAAUGUUAUAGAAUAGCAGUAAAUGAUUUAAAAAUUACAGUACUAUCCGUUUGUCAUCGUACAACACUAUGGAGUUUCCACUCAAAAAUACUUAAGUUUAAGAGAAUCGAUGAAAACAAUAUAGAUGAGGGAGAUGGGGCAGCGACCACAACGUUCUCAUCGUUUGAUCCACAGCUACGUUUAGAAAGGCACGAGGAGUUGAUUACAAUCGAGAACUCGUUAAAACGUAGUGAUGAAUUAACUAAGAGAUUAAACGCCCUAAAACAACUAAAAAAGAAGAAGGCUAGACGGCCUGCAAUGAUGUACAUCGAAGACGACGAAGCUGACGAUUGA